UUUUCCUUGUUUACAGUGUUUAUUUGUCUUUGCAUCUAUAAUUUCAGCUAAUAAACGGAUAUGAGAUUGCAAAUAUUAUAAGACUAUUUAGUCGUGAUUACUGGAGAAAGAACACUUACAUUUAGACUUAAAAUUGAGUACAAAUAAUACCAAAAAGCCCCAGCACUGUGAAAGCAGACCUUGAAGUUCAUGCAUCAUCCGCUACAUACAUUUCACUGAACUAAAACAGACCUGGUAAACUAAAAUGUAGAGGACAUACAGUAGAGAUAUUUUGCUAAAAGGUCAGAAACCAGUGCCAGCAUUGAAGAUUGCUCACACACUCAGCAGGCCUCAGACAAUGAACUUUUAAUGCUGUUCCUGUUCUCAGGGGACAACAUGACUGUGUUAAACACAGCAGAAUGGCUGCUGAGUUGCAACACCCCCUCUUCCGCAACAAUGUCUCUUCUUGCAGUCAAAACAGAGCCCUUGAACAGCAGUGAAACCACAACCACGACUGGAGAUGGAGCGCUUGACACUUUUACUGGGUCAGUAGUAACAAGCAGUGGUUACAGCCCCAGGUCAGCGCACCAGUAUUCCCCACAACUGUAUCCUUCCAAGCCCUAUCCACACAUUCUUUCUACACCAGCAGCUCAAACAAUGUCUGCCUAUGCAGGCCAGACUCAGUAUUCAGGGAUGCAGCAGCCAGCCGUCUACACAGCCUAUUCACAGACAGGACAGCCCUACAGCCUGCCCACUUAUGAUUUGGGUGUGAUGUUGCCAGCCAUCAAGACAGAGAGUGGACUUUCCCAAACUCAGUCCCCAUUACAGAGUGGCUGCCUAAGUUACAGCCCGGGGUUUUCCACCCCUCAGCCAGGUCAGACACCUUACUCUUACCAAAUGCCAGGUUCUAGUUUUGCACCAUCAUCUACUAUCUAUGCAAAUAACUCGGUUUCCAAUUCAACGAAUUUCAGUGGUUCACAACAGGAUUAUCCAUCAUACACGGCCUUUGGCCAAAACCAGUAUGCUCAAUAUUAUUCAGCAUCGACGUAUGGCGCAUAUAUGACGCCAAACAGCACAGCUGACGGCGCAUCCUCAACCUCAACCUACCAGCUCCAGGAGUCUCUCCCAGGACUGACUGGCCAGCCAGGUACAGACCUUCACCCAGGAGAGUUUGAUACUGUGCAGAGCCCUUCCACACCUAUCAAAGAUCUUGAUGACAGAACAUGUAGGAGUUCUGGGUCAAAGUCUCGAGGAAGAGGCCGGAAAAAUAAUCCCUCCCCACCUCCCGACAGUGACCUAGAGCGUGUGUUUGUGUGGGAUUUGGAUGAAACCAUCAUUGUUUUUCACUCACUGCUCACAGGGUCCUAUGCACAGAAAUAUGGCAAGGAUCCCCCCAUGGCUGUAACUCUCGGACUCCGAAUGGAGGAAAUGAUCUUUAACCUUGCUGAUACACAUUUGUUUUUUAAUGAUUUAGAGGAGUGCGAUCAAGUUCACAUAGAUGAUGUGUCCUCUGAUGAUAAUGGGCAGGACUUAAGUACCUACAGUUUUGCAACUGAUGGCUUCCAUGCAGCUGCAAGUAGUGCAAACCUUUGUUUGCCAACAGGUGUAAGAGGAGGAGUGGACUGGAUGAGGAAGUUGGCUUUUCGUUACAGAAGAGUGAAAGAAUUAUAUAACACCUACAAGAACAAUGUUGGAGGACUCCUUGGCCCUGCCAAGAGGGAUGCAUGGCUGCAGUUAAGGGCAGAGAUUGAAGGCCUAACAGAUUCCUGGCUAACAAACGCACUUAAGUCCUUAUCAAUCAUUAGUACUAGGAGUAACUGCGUGAACGUGUUAGUGACAACAACACAGCUGAUCCCAGCACUUGCGAAGGUUCUGCUCUACAGCUUGGGAGGUGCUUUCCCCAUUGAGAAUAUUUACAGUGCAACUAAAAUAGGAAAAGAAAGUUGCUUUGAACGAAUAAUGCAAAGGUUUGGCAGAAAAGUAGUAUAUGUUGUAAUUGGGGAUGGUGUAGAAGAAGAACAGGCAGCAAAAAAGCACAAUAUGCCUUUUUGGAGGAUAUCAAGUCACUCAGACCUCUUGGCUCUACAUCAAGCACUGGAAUUAGAGUAUUUGUAACUGUGUUAUCUAGCUGGGGAUCCAGUUUUUUUUGUAUUUCAAGUACACUGAAUUUUUAUGUGUGAUUCAGUGCCUCUGGCUCUACACAUAUAAACUGUCUUAAAGGAUGAAAUCAUAUUUGGAAUGAAAAUUCCAGAAGGAAGAAUUCAGAUUGCUGAAUGAAAUUAAACUUUAGUGCUACAGAAAGGAAACUCUAUGGUCUUAUACUUAUGACGCUUGGAUGGUUUUUAAAGUACACAUCUGUGGAGGUUGUGAUGCACAGUGAAUGAGUCCUAACUGGAAUGAACAGCUUUAGCAAAGAACUCUCACCCUCCCAAGCCACAGCACCUGUGCUCCAUCUGACAAGGUGGUCAACAACAUUCCUCAAAAUGGGAGUUUUUCUCAGCCCUGAGGUUUGAACCUGACUUUACCCUUCCUAGCCCAGAAAAUCUGAAUUGGAAUGCACUCAGACUGUAUAAGGACAGACCUGUAAUUUGUGUAAAUUAUUAAUGGAAAUAAUUUACUGUGACUUUAUUAGCAGCUGACUUUGAAAGUGGAUGCAAUUUUUCUUCAUUUGUUGGGGAGGGGAGAAGGGAGGGAAAUGGGAAUAUAAUAUUGUCUCUUUUUUAAGUUUGGCAAAACAGAAUGUUCAUACUGAUGUGUUGUGCCUUAAAGACAAGACAGCGCUUGUGUGUUACAAUGUAACUUUGGUGAAAAUCUCUGUAAAUGAUGAAAAAAAAAAAAACUUUGUGAUAAUUC